CCAGUUUCCAGUCCUACAGCGACGGCUUACUUUCCCAUUUCCGCCGGAGAGUGAAGGAAAGGGGACAACGGAGAAAAGGAUCUUCCCUAGUUCGCGCCAGUCACGUGUCUUCCUCUCCUUGCCUUUUUUGCUUUCCAACAUGUCCAUUCCGCAGGCGACCCAGCUGUCUGUUCUCCACAGCUUUGGAAAGGGCGCACAAGUGACUCUGUAGCGCUUCUUUCCAGACUGUUGAAGAUCUUCCGAUGCGAUCUUCCAGGAAAGGAGACUCGAAGGCGUCAGAGGCUCUCGUGUGAGACGCGAGAGCCACGCGGCGUAGACGGUCUCCACUCCGGAGUCUCUUCCUUUUGGUAGAGUCCAGUUGUCUGAUUGUCACCGCUGUGUUCAAAUUUAAUUUUCCUCUCCUCUCUUUUGCUUCCAAGUUUUACUCUCUCCCUUCUGUGUACGUAGCCGAGUGACCUUCGCUGUCUUGUCUUUAACUUUUGGCCACGUUCAAGGUCAUUGGAUCGGGCUACCACGAAUGCGGCGUUCUUUCUUUUUUUCUGGGUUCCUUACUAUUUUUACCAUUUUCCCUCCUUCGUUUGUUUCUGCUGCCGCCCUCUCGUUAUCUGUUGCGCCAUUCAAACGCUUUUUUUCUCCUGAUGCUCCGUCCCCUCCACUCGCUUCUGGAUCCGGUCGAAGACUAGAAAAUAAUACACCCGGGACACUCUGAAGAAGUCUUCGUUAUCGCCUCUUCGUUUUGCGCGUACUCCUUGGAUUUUCACCCCUUUUGGCGUCCUCGGGCAGCUGUAUAUGCAGGUCGCUUCCCUCGUGUUCUAUUUCUUCUCUAGAUGUCAUCGCGACAUAGUUUCUCCUGCGAGAAGACAGCGAAUUUGUUCUGUGGAAAGCUCCUUUCGUUUCCUCUCUCCGUCCUUUGUUGUCCGUUCGCGGAUCGCGAUCUGCCAGGCCGUCUACUCGUUUUCUUCGGAACUCCCACCAAAGGAGGCAAGGAAAGGCGCUGGGUUCUGCAGGACUUCUGUUUUCUAGAGACCCAUUCAGUCUUUGUUUUCCUUCUUUCUGUUUCGUUUCGCGUCUUCUUAUCGCUUCGUCUCCUUUUAUGUUUCUUCACCUUAAACACUUGCGUUCCCCCGGUCGACUUUAACGCGCCUUUUUCCAAUUCGUCCCCGUCUCUUCUUUUGCAGUUUGCCCCACCUCAAGGUGAAGUCGUCGUGUCGCUCUUUUUCAUGUGACUAUCGUUUUUACUCUCUGCGUUCCUGUUCGUUCUUUGCGCGUUCUCCGUCUCUUCCCUUUCUGCCCUCUUCGUCGCUUCCUUCAGAACUCUCGAGUUUACUCGUUGCAGUCGAUCUUGCAGUCCCAAGAUGGCGGGGGCGUCUGCGGUGUUUAUCUUGGAUUUGAAGGGGAAGGUGAUCAUCAGCCGGGACUACCGAGGCAACGUAUCUCUGGCGUCGGCGGCGGAGCGUUUUCAGCAGAAUGUGGUGGAGUUGGACGACCCUCUGUUGAUCAAGCCGAUCUUUCUGGAAGACGGCGUGACUUACGCGUGGAUUCAGUACAGCAACGUAUAUCUGUUGGCUGUGACGAGGCGCAACUCGAACGCGAUGAUGCUGCUGUCUUUCCUGUACAAGUUGUCUGAGGUACUCCAGGAGUACUUCAAGGCUCUCGAGGAGGAGAGCAUUCGCGACAACUUUGUGAUCACCUACGAACUGUUGGACGAGGUGAUGGACAACGGCUUUCCGCAGAGCACGGAGGUGAAGGUCUUGCGCGAGUUUAUCAAGAACGAGGCCCAUCAGUUGUCUGUCGAUGCGCUCCGACCGCCGACAGCCAUGACCAACGCGGUGUCCUGGCGUUCUGAGGGUAUUUUCCACAAGAAGAACGAGGUGUUUCUCGAUGUAGUGGAGAAGCUGAAUCUCCUAGUGUCCUCCAACGGAACUGUGCUGCGCUCGGAGAUUCUCGGCAGCCUCAAGAUGAAGAGUUUCCUCUCGGGCAUGCCGGAGCUGAAGCUCGGCUUGAACGACAAGCUCUUGCUCGAGACCUCAGGGCGCACGGUGUCGAAGGGGAAGGCCAUCGAAAUGGAGGACAUCAAGUUCCACCAGUGCGUGCGUCUUGCGCGCUUCGAAAACGAUCGAACGAUCUCCUUCAUCCCCCCCGACGGCGAGUUCGAGCUCAUGAGCUACCGGCUGAACACCCAAGUGAAGCCUCUGAUCUGGAUCGACGCCGUGGUCGACACUGGCCGCUCGGCGACGCGCAUCGAGUUCAUGAUCAAGGCUCGUUCCCAGUUCAAGAGCCGUUCGGUGGCGAGUGGGGUGGAGAUCCACGUCCCCGUCCCCCCAGAUGCAGACUCCCCACACUUCAAAACCUCCAUAGGAUCUGUCAAGUACCUCCCGGAGAAGGACACGAUGGUCUGGUUCAUCAAACAGUUUCAGGGACAGAGAGACUUCGUGAUGACCGCGACCUUCGGCUUGCCCUCGGUCGGCGUCGAGGCGCGAGACGCGUACCUUAAGAAACCCAUCAACGUCAAGUUCGAGAUCCCGUACUUCACUGUCAGCGGCAUCACCGUCCGAUACCUGAAAAUCAUCGAAAAAAGUGGAUACCAAGCUCUUCCGUGGGUCAGAUACAUCACUCAAAAUGGAGAGUACCAACUGAGACUCUCCUAGAAAAUCAACAAGGGGGGGCGAGGUGAGGGGUCGGAGAGAUAAGGCGAAGGACGAGGAAAAAGAGAUAUGCGGUGGAUAAACACAGCGGUACAGACACUGCAAGGGAUACAUUUUAAACAGGAACGACCUUCAAGAACUCUAUUGAGGUGCCUCAAACUAUAUAUAUAUAUAUAUGGGAGGAGGGACGUGUAGUUCGAGAUGUCUGUAUGCGUAUGUACAUACAUAUAUGUCUAUUGGUGGAUAGAUCAGUCGUCAACAUUUUCUAUAUCAUACUAUAUAUAAAUAUAUAUACAUACGUAUAUAUAUGAGAUAUAUACGAUAUGAAGAGACGUCUGUGUGCACCUCUACAGAUGUGUGUAAAUACGUGUGGAUAUCUGUUUGUGCGCCUGAAUUUUGGACACUUGGAUACAUUCUUCCGUUUCCAGGAGAGAAAUGCGUCGCCGCUUUUCUUUCCCCGAAGUUGUAGGUCUCCACAGUAUACGCCUGCAGUCAACCUCCCGACGGCAAAAAACUGUGGCGCCUCCGUCUCUCCAGAAAACAAGAACAAACGAAAAAGACGAGAUGACUCCUUUCGAGAUACAUGAAAAGAGCCACAAACAUGCAUAUCUCUAAACACAAAUGAAAUUGAACUCGUUCAUUUGCAUAAAUACGCAUAUAUAUAUAUAUAUAUAUUUGUAUAUUUUACAUUUUAUUUUAUUUAUGUACACAUGUAAAGAGACUGAGGUGACUGUUCGUUUACUGGAGAGGAUACCCAUGGCGUUUCUAAAGUGAAUCUGUGCACAGAGGAGCUAGAGAAGACAAUGGAAAGUGGAGAGACACAAACCAGAACAGGGAACAGAGAUGUUUUCGAAACUGUCGAGAGAAGAGAUGCUUUUAGGCCGCACUGCAAGGUCAGAAGACUUCGUGCAACGUGAAACGCAAUGCUCGGCGUAGAGAAGCAGCGCAGACAUGAGUGAGGGAACGAUUGUUGGAAACAAUUUAAACGAAGAAGUCCUGUAGAUAAACAGAAGAAGAGAAGUUGGGAUGUAAAGGAAAGAGAAUAAACGGGAAGGGCAAAGCAACGCAUGUCUGCAGAGGCCAACCAGAGGGGCGAACAUGAGAAGAAAGAUGAUCGAAUCCAAGUUGAUGAGAAAACGUGAGGAAAAAGGAAGAGAAGCAGCAGAUCAGGAAUUCGUCUUUCCGUCCUCCUGUCUUCUUUGUUGUUUAGUUGAAAGGGUCACGUUCUUUUAAACGGACCUCGUUGCGCCAGGAUUACCUCCUGUCUGUCUUUUGCUUUCCCAAGUCUUCACAGCGCCAUUCUGUUAUUUGUAUUUCUGUGUCUUUGCCUUGGUUUGUCUUCUUUUUCGUCGUCUUCUACACAGUUUUUUCACUUGUUCCUCUCCCUCAAGUUUAUUUUACUUCUUUUUCUCCCCGUCCUUGCUGCCUCCAUUCUUCUCCAUCUCCCUCUCUGUGUCUCUGAAUCGCCCCCGUCACCGCCGGCUCCCUGUGCUUCGUUUUUUUCUUUGCUCCUCGUUCCUUCUCCGUUUUUCUUCUUCUCCGCUUGCUUCUUGAAUCGUGGGGAAAGUCUCGGGUUCAAUGGGUUUUUCUCCCGUUGUUUCCUUCCUGCUUGGUGGUUUUGCUUGCUUCGAAAAGACAUGCUCCGCGCAGUCUUCAUUUGAAACGGGAUUUCUGUCUCACGCAGCUUACAAAGACGUGCUUCAGAAAGACAGCUUCACGCUGGCACCUGCUUCCCU